AUGCAGAAGAAAGUCUACCUCUGCUCUGCGAGGAAGACGAAGAAGAUCAGGAAUGGUUCAAUGGAUCAGGUUCUCUCCAGCAUAAUCAGAUGUAUAUAUGUUGAAGUAGACGAUGAAAAUCCAAGUGAGUCAUACCAUCAAGUUUCUCUGGCAAGUCAGGUAUCAAGCAAUACUAGUGGUCCAUUGCUUCAACCCCCACUGUUUUCUCCACCCUCCAUAGACUCUUGCAGUGAUUCAUGUCCGGUUCUUCCAUUGAACCCUCCAUUUAUUGUAAGCAUACAUGGGGAUUCAAUCACAAACGAUGCUUUCUAUGAUCAAAAGCAGCUACAUUUUCGACAGUGCUUGGACGACUCACACAGUGACCCAAGCACAAAUGGUGUAUUUUUCCAAGUUCUUAGUUCAGCACCAAGCUCUGAGACACUGAGCGAUUCAAGCGAACUAGGUGAGUUGAUGAUACCAAGCGUAGACUCACUAAGUUCUUCUGGUUCUAAUGACCCAUUUGAUUCAACUAUAGUUGUCGUUAUGAAAAUUCAAAAUGCGGAAGAAAAAAGAGAAAUUACACAAGCUCUGUCACAGUCACAGCUAAACUCGAAAGAACUUGGAGGAGAAGAUGAAGAAACAAAAGAAGAGAAGGUGAGCAAUGGUUUAGUGGAAAGAGAGAGAUGGAUAAAGCAUUAUAGUAGUUACCACAAAAUACUAAUAGUGGGUGAAGGGGACUUCUCUUUCUCAGCUAGUUUGGCCUUGGCUUUUGGUUCUGCAACUAAUAUGACCGCUACUUCUCUUGAUUCUGAAGGGUUUUUGAGCAGAAAUUAUUGGAAUGCUAUGUCAAACAUCCAGAACUUAAGGAGUAGAGGGUGCAAGGUCAUGCAUGGAGUAGAUGCUACUGAAAUGGCAAACAAUUUCUUGUUCAAGGGAGAGAUAUUUGAUCGCAUAAUCUUCAAUUUCCCUCUUGCUGGCUUCUUCUCGAAUGAAUCACGCGAAGCCCAGCUAAGCCGACACAGAAGACUUGUAGGCCUGUUUCUGGAAAAUGCUAGUGAGAUGAUCAGCGAAAAUGGUGAAAUUCACAUUGCCCACAAGUCAAAUGGCUUCUUCCGUGAAUGGAACUUACCACUUUUGGCAUCUAAAUGCGGCCUUCUACUUAUAGAAGAGCAGCAUUUCGAUUUCACCGAUUAUCCAGGAUACAGAACCAAAUACGGGUUUGGUGGCGACAAAAAUUUUCACAGCCAUCCUAGCAAAAUUUACAAAUUUGGACUUUGGAACUGCCAAAAAUUCAGCUUGUAAGCUAGCUGCAGAAUUAUGAUUUGACUUGCUUCAAGUUUCUAUGAUGAAAUGGUGUUAAUGAUAGGUAACAUUAUACUCGAGAACAUAGGGGAAAUUGUCUCCUGGUUGUAUGAUAUGUGGAUAUGGCUAUUCCCUCGUACCAACCACAACACAACAUAAUG